UUACUAACUAAAGUCUGCUGCUUUGUUCUUCAUCCUUCUAAGAUAGGGUCUCAUGUGGCUGAGAGUGACUUGGGGCUCACAAUCCUCCUCCUUCCACUUCCCAAGGGCUAGGCUGACAGGUGUGUGCCACAACAUUGGUUUUAUCUGAUACUGGGAACUGAAUCCAGGAGCACUGAGCUACACCCUUAGCCCCAAGAACUCACUAUUAUUAACUAAUGAUACCAUACUACAAACAGAGCUCCACAACUUACUCAUCCUGACUAACUAGACCCAUGGGCUAAUACCUCUCAUUUCCAUUUCCUUUCUGCAGGUACCACUUCCUUCUGUUGCUUUGAAAUUGACUUGUUUUAGAUUCAAUAUAUGCGCAAGAUCUGUGAUCUUUGUCUUUCUGUACCUGGCUUAUCUGCUUAGUUAAUACCUCUGGGUUCAUCCAUCUUGAUGCGAAUGGCAGUGUUUUCUCUUUUGAUUAGGGCUAAAGAGUAUUCCAUCUGUUGAUGGACAUCUAGGCUGAUUCCUAACCUUGGUUGCAGUAGAUCCAAGGAUAAAAAUAUCUUGGUUACAAUAGAUGUGGGGGUAAAGAUGCUUAUUUAAUACAGUGAUUUCAAUAUAUUCGAUAGUGGAAUCACUUACCAUCUCUUCAGGCCCAAGGAUUACUUUAUUUUUAUUUUAUGUGUAUGAGUAUUUGCCUGCAUGUAUGUCUGUAUAUCAUAUAAAUUCCUGGUACCCAUGUAGACCAGAAGAGGACAUUGAAUUGUCUGGGACUGAGGUUCUGGGUGGUUGUAAGCUACUGUGUGGGUGCUGAGAACUGGUCCCUGGUACUCUGCAAGGGUAGGCAAUGCUUUUAACCACUGAGCCAUGUUUCUACCCCCAAACCCACCCCAGAUCAUUUUUAGGAAGUUUUUUUUUUAUCAUGUAAUUUACUUCUAGUAGUUUAUAGUUUUGGCUUUAUACAUAAGAUGUCCACCCAUGUUGAGUUGAUCUUUUUAUAUUAUAUGACCCAACAUACUUAUUAAACAUGUGUUCCAUGCCAGACCUAUGCGAGAAACUGGGAGUGAAAAGCUAAGCAAGACAGAUAGGGGUUCCAUCCCUAAUGCAAACAGCCAGACAGCAAGCAUGAGGCUUGCUCUGAGUCUGUGGGAAAGCAGAAGUGUUCUGUCUUUCCAAGGCAGGUUGGGGUGGAGACAGGGCUGGUAGAGAGGGCUCUAGGCCAACAGGAAAGCAAGAUCAAAGGUGAACGCAAUGUUGGCAUAUUUUGGAACUGGAAGUUCACUCUUGUUGGAAGCCACUGAUGGAUGUGAUGCCAGGGAACUCUUGGGCCAUCUGUCUCCUCUCAAUACAAAGACCAGGAAACAGCUCAAAUAUACACUCUGUGGGUGUGCUCACCAGCAGAGAAUGGGACUGGAACACAGUAGAUUCUCCAUGGCCAUUUGUAGAAUAAAUGAAAGAUGUCAGGCAGGUGGUCUCAGCCAUCUCUCUGGCAUCACCAAGUGCUAGAGAAAACAGAAGUGGCUAGGGAUUUGGAGCACAGGUUGUCUUCCCUGUCCAUACCCCUCCUAGAAAUGACAGCAGUUGUCAGAAUGGUCAGGACCAUGUGGCUGGAAGGCAGGUCUGGACAUCACAUUCAUCUGCUGAAGGCCAUCUGUCUAGGCUCCCAUAAGUGGAAAACAGACAAAAGAGGAGUGGACUGCCUGGCACAAGAGGGUGAGCUGCCUCCUCUGUUAGGUGUCAUUGCCUGAGCUAUAAUUAUGUCUCAUCUCAGACAGCUGCUUCACAUCUGAGUCCCACAUUCCCAAGACAUGCUGCCACCUUCUCAGAGAAGGUGCCUGGACUGACAUCCCCAAAAUAUUCAGGUCAGGCAGCUGUGAAGACUGACUUUGCCCUUGGCAAACACACCCACACAUGGGAGGCUCCCUUACCUAUUAUGUGGCCUUCCGCAUGCACACCCCGGCUCUACCUGUCCACCACGUCACUUAGCAGCCAAAGUGACCUUUUAAAAAUUGCGAAUCUGAUGAUGUCACUGCCCAGCCUACCUUGUCUGGUCUUUUCCCGUAGUCCUGCCAAUAAAGGCCCACAAAGCUCCAAGCAAUUCGCCAGCUGCUCUAACCACAACCUUUUCUCCUCCUCCCUGAUGCAGUCUUUAGUUUCUCAGCUGAAAUACUCUCUUUCUGGAUGCAGUGCUUUUGCAUCUGCCUUUCUCUACUGACUUCCAAUAGGAGCAACCCUUCCUCUAGAAUACCUUGCCAUCUCUCAGGCUCUGGAGAGCGCUUGUCAUGUGCCUCCCUGAAAGCCUUCCACUUCUCUGUUCUAACGUCUAGACCAUCCAGAAUCCCUUGGAAUUUGAACUUGAAGGGUGCCUCGCCGCGUGUGCCUUACUCUCUACUACUUUCCUUAUGCCUGGCCCUACUAGGUGCUCGUCAAUGCGUUUUACGCGAAGGCAUACACAUUCACACUCCUGAACCCAUGGAAGCAACCUCUCCAAAUAAAAUGAGGGCAGAAGGAGGCUAAAACAUAAUGCUAUUGUCUGGUUUCAGUACUAUCGUUUUAUCUGGGAUGGGCUUGCCAGCUUCUGUGCUGUGGGUAAGCCUGAGUUAAUUCUUCAGAACCGCUUGCGGGCUGAGCUCAGAACAGUCUGGGCCUUUGUAGAAGGCCAUGCCAAGGCAAAGCCUUGGAAAAACCCACAAACACCAAACCAUGUGCAGGUGCUUUUGCAUGGCCCCGGCCUCCUGCUGCACAGAGCAAGAGCAGGGAGCCUGCCCUCCCCUUGCCCCGUGCUCUGUUUUGCUUCCUCCUCCACCCCCCAGUAGCAACAACAAUUAUUCAGUAAAGAAAAUACGAGUAAUGGAAAGAAAGAGAAAAAAAAUAAACAUUGGAAUGGGCAGUGUCCCUUACCUACUGCUUAAACACACACACACACACACACACACACACACACAGUAGAUUUGGAGACAUUUCAGUGACUUUGCUAAAGGAAGAAAAAUAAUCAAGUUUGAUCCCCUUAGGUGGCACCACUUUUCUUUAUGUUAAUACAAAACAAAAGUUCCUGAGGCCCAUGUUUCACACAGUAAGGUAUUCGUCAGAGUCCCCUGGGGUAACCUGCUAGAUGAGGGGUUCCCAGGGUUACUUGGCCCAAGUGCAUUAGAACUAAGAAGAGGGACUUGGUCAUAAUUCCCAGAGAGAUGGGCCACGCCCAGAAGAAAGCUAAGGAUGUGAGCAGCAUGGUGGGUCCUGUGCUGGUAACAGGAGAGGCAGCCAACCGAGGAACCUCUACUCUCCUGGGAAUUCCAAAGGCAAGUGCCAAAGAUGCUGAACCAAGAAAAAUGCCACACAUCAGACUCUGACACGCAGAAAGAUGGAAUCUGCUGGUCCCUCUUCUAGUGCAAGUGGAAAAGAAGGGGCAGAUUCCACUCAUUCACUAAGUUAACACUGCCUGGACUAAACCUAGCAACAGGGACCCGUGACAGACUAGGAAGACAAUGGUGGCAAUGGAAUUGGCCAGAAGCUGGUAGUAGCUCAUCAUGUCGAUCAAGACCUUGAGCGUAUGUGGAGCGUGUUACAUGCAUUAGGUCUAUUACUCUACCUAGCCACCUCACACAAGAUUAUUACCAUCAUCAGUCUAUGAGAGAGAAUGUUGAGAUUCAGGGGACCUGGAAAACUUUCCCAGAGUGAGCUGGUACCAAGCUAGAUGGGAGGCCAGGUCCCCAACUUUAGAGUUACUGAUGUAAACCAUUAUAGUGCAUCUCCCUGAUUUCUUCAUACUUAUAAUCAAAUGGAGAAGGCCUCAUAAGAUAAGCCUUCUCCUCUUCCAAACACUUUCUAGAAAGACCCAUUAAGCUCUGCUUAAAGCGUGCUAGCAUUCCUAGCCCCAAGUUCUGAACUCUUCCACAUUCCUCCCACAGGCCAGCUCCAAAGGCUUACAAACCACACGCUCAGGUUUAUCAGAGUGACAACCCCACGCCCUAUACCAACUUUCUGCACUAGUUAAUUUCUAUGCUACUGUGGUAAAACAUGUUGACAAAAACAGCCUAAGGAAGGAAGGGUUUAUUUUGGUUUAAAGUCUGAGGAUUAAGUCCACUAUUAAGGGAAGGUAUGCUGGCAGGAGCAUGAGGCUGCUGGUCGCACUGUGUCCUCACUCCGGAAGCACACAGUGACCAAUGCUCACUCUCAGCUCACGUCACCUACAUGAUGCCAUAGUUUAGGUCUUCCCAAUUCAUUCAACCUAAUCAAGAAAAUCCCUCACAGAUAUGCCCAGAGACCUGUCUCUUCAGACAUUCUAGAUCCUGUUGACAAUCAAUAGUAACCAUUAUAAUAUGUUUAUAUAAGUGUAUGUUUAUAUAAUUCUAAGCAUCAUGGUGCACAACUUAUGAACCCAGCACUCAGGAGAUAGGGGAAAGAGGAUCAGGAGAUCAAGACAAACCUCUAGGACACAGAAAGUUCGAGGCCAUCUUGAACAACAUGAGACUGUCAAAAAGAAAAGAAAAUGUAGUGAGAAUUAAUUCUGACAAAAAUAAUCAUAUAACUUAAAAAUAUUUUCAUCAUUACUUAUAUAUAGUCUAAUUUUCCUAUCUUUGCCUACCUAUAUGAAUUUGUCUACCUCCUGCUUUAUUAAAAUUUUUUGCUACCACAGAUGUAAAAAUUAUCCCUGUUCCCCAGGUAUAGGGCACCAUGGCCCUGUGGUACAGGAGAAGACAUGUGUCUUAGAGAUGCUGUGUUAGCAAAUGAAAGCCCCUUUCAAGUCUCCGCCAUAGGUUUUUUCGUUGUACAAGGAGAACAUUCUCGUUUGGGAUCUUUGUGUUCCCAACUCCCUGGAAGCACUGCUAUUCUGUGAUAACCUAAAGCACUCUGUAGGCAGGAUGCAACCAAAGACGGGAUGGACGAGUCGGUAACACUCUUCUAGGAAUUUACAGCUGACUUGGACUUAGGCAAUUACCCCACAGAGUCAGCUUCCUUUAAUAAGGAGAAUUAAGUUCAAGUUGACAAGGUGCAAAUAAGGGACCGUGUAUGAGGACAGAGAAGGGAAGCCUCACACCUGGGCUGAAGGCAGACAUGAGCUUGGGGGGGGGGGGCGGGGGAGUGUGGAAUGAGCCUCCUCUCCUGGAGGAUCAGCCUGGCAGCUUGAUUUCCUCCCAUCUUCUCAUGUUAAUGCACAAACAACAGCAUCAAAAUAAUAAAUGAGCAAUUGACUAAAGGAAUGGUCCAGCCAGCAUGGGGGUAAUUUCAGAGCGGAUAUCUGAGUCUGGCCAGAUAGAGUCUGCUGAGAGAAUGAUUGAAGAGAGACUCUCCUAGAUGCAGAUAAAAUUUCCUUGUAAUGUUUGCCCUGAGGAAAGGCAUCCUUUCACAGGAAGAAGGCCAAAUCCGGUCUAUUUUUGUAGGAGCAUUUCAAGUGGUCAGUCGACUUAUUUCCUGUGGUUCCCAGAAAUUCUGCAGCAGACUCUGAAGAGGAUGUUGGUGAUAGGGAACAGGGACUUGAUGAGUGAGAAUCAGUAAUUAUCUCUAUAUUUGCCUCUUUUUUUGUUUCCUAUAAAAAUAGUCUAGGGGAAAGCCACCUGUUUAAAAAGUGCAAGAAGGUUCAUUACAAAAGAGCUUAGAGAGGCACAUGAAAGUCCCUCGGUGUGGCAGGGUCCUUGGGUCAAGAAUCCACAACCCAAAAUUUCAUUUAUCUGCUCAUUCCCUCUCCCCAUUUCUUCCUCAUCACCCAAGAAGCAUUUGGGCCAACCCUUGAGGGCUAAGAAGAAGGUGAAGAAAAAUGGACUCUACCCUAGAGGCUCACUGUGUAAGAAAGGAGACACAGCAAAAAGGAGCUCACGGUGAGGGCUAAAGAAUGAAUUAAAAAUGGUGGGAAGGAAGAAAAGAACAGGAGGUUACACAGCCUGGAGAGAUGGCUCAGUGGUUGAGUACUUACUACUCUUACAGGGACCCCAUGUUUGAUUCCCAGUACCUAUGUGGUGGCUUACAACUGUCCGUAACUCAAAUUUCAGGGUACCCCACACCAUCUUCUAACUUCUGUGGAUACGAGGCAUGGACAUGAUGCACAUACACAUAUGCAGGCAAAAUAUUCAUACACAGAAAGUUUUCAAAAGUUGAUAUAUUUUUGAGAGAAAGUAAGAGAACAUAGGGGAAGAGGGGGCACUAAACUUGGGUGGGGAGGUCAAGAAACAUCUCUGAGGAGGUGGCCCCUCAGCCACCAUCAAAAGGGUGAGUAGAAGCCAGACAACAGCUACUGCUGGGAAGGACACUGCUGGAAAGGGAACUGUUUGUUGGGAGGCUGGCUGUAUGGUGAAGACCACAAUGAACUUAGGAUCCAAGAGUAGAUGAGGAGGAGGCUGGACUGUGGGAACUAAGUCAUGUGGGGAUGGCCUGGGCCACACAGCAUCAUAAGGGCCAUACCAGAUUUUGCUUCAUAGAAAUGCAAAAUUAUAGAAAAAUUUAAGCCAGGGAAUGAUCAACCUGAAACUGGUUUUUAGAGCUCUUUGUGACUCUGUGAAUUAAGUAACAUAACGAAUCAUAUAAGAAACAUGGGCUCAGAUGGGCGUGGUGGCACACACCUUUAAUCCUAGCACUUGGGAGGCAGAGGCAGGUGGAACUGUGUAAGUUCGAGGCCAGCCUGGUCCAAAUAGUGAGUUCCAGGACAGCCAGGCUAAACAGUGAGACCCUACCUUCAAAAACAAGAACAAAACAAAGAAAGAAAAGGCAAGGAAAGAAAAGAAGAGGAGACGGAACUGAAGGUGUGGUAACCAGUUCAGGAACUGGCAAAGGAGCCGGUAAUGAGGUGUACGUGUGGUGGCCUUCACUGGAGUCAGAGUCUGAUCGGUAUACCUCAGGGACGUCAGACAGUUAAUAAGGCUGGGACUCGGGUAGCAUGAAGGAGGCCAUUGUUGUAGCCUUACUUAGCAAUCAUGCAACAUUUUAUUUAAAAAUUCAACGCAAUGGGGAAAAUAUAUUAGAAAUAAUAACAAUAAUAAUGAGGAAGAAGAGGAUGCAAAGACAGUUUGAGUAAGAACGGUAAAAAUAUGUGAGCAAAACAAACAUGACAUGAAACCUAAUAGUUUUGUGUGUGUGUGUGUGCAUGUACACAUGGACAGGCAUGUGUGUACAGUAGUGAGACAGAUGGUAGUAAUAACCAUAAGUUACCACGACAAUUUUAGGUCUGAGAUGAAGCAGGGCAGUGAGGGGGACUUCUUCAGAUGAAGGUGAUACAACAGAAUUUGAUGCUAAGGAGGCAAAAGCCCUGCCUCAAAAGGCUGUGUGCUAAUAAGGGUUUUCUGUCAAUCAAAUUCUCCACUCUGUGAAAUGCUACAGUCUAAGGACUAUCCCUGUGGAAGGUCACGUUGAGCAGCAACACUCACGUAUGCAUGUACUUCCUAGAAGAUCGGAUCUAUGGGAACGUCACACCACUGUGGGGGUUUACUGCAGUAGGGCCUUCUCUGUGUCCCGCUCUGAGCCUAUCCAAAGGCAGCUUGACAGAACUCUAGAACUCGACAAGACCAGGGAGGAUCUGGGAAUGUAGACCCUUGGCUGUCCAGGGUAAUUAUUCACAUAAAUACGGCAGUAGAGAGAAGACAGGAGACGCUUUGAAGCCUCUCCUUCAUCCUCGUUGCCCAAUCUCUUUUCAAAGGCCAAUAACUUAAGUGUCUCCCUUUUUUUUUUUUUCUUUCUCAAACGGCUACACCCAACACAGUGAUUUUUUUGAUCCCUAAAUCAUGAGAGGGGUAGUGGAUGCUGAAGAAGACAAAUGGCUUUGGAAGGUCAGAUAGAAAACACACUCAAAGGAGGAGGCCAUGAGUGCUGAAGGGCUGCGAGCACGGUGUGCUUUGAGCUACCAGCCAAGCUUGGAGGCCUCCUCUGACAGAGGGGUGGGCAGUCGCGGCUAGCGGUACCUACCUGCCCUCAACCUUUUCUAAAAAAUGGCAUCUUGACCGUAACAUGUACCUUCCUGGAAACAGGAGAUACCAGGGCAGAUUUAUCGCUUAAGUUAGCUCUUAAAAGGGCAUGAGAUUUCAGCUCACUUCCAAGUGAUUUCAUCCCUUAUCCAAGGCUGCCCAUUCCUUUGGGACCUGCAGUGAUAUUGUUCCAUAUCCCUUCCAUAAUGUGCACUUGGGUGCUCUACUGUGUAUGGAAAGCUCUGUCACAGGAUCCUGAGAGCUGCAGGGAGCAUUGAAAUGCAGAGCAAAUGGAAAAAAAAACAGCCUUUUGGGGGUUAUUCAUAUGGGAUCAGAGAGAGUUGGUAAAUACAAGGAAAUCUAAAAAUAACCAGAGUCCUUAAAAAGAAGAAUACCAAAGAGAGCAAGUGUGCCCCUGCUCCACUGCCAUUCCUGUGAAACCAGCCCUGGAAUGCUUGCGCCUGAGCUCCUGGCUCUUUCAUUCCUGCUCUUUUGCCUGUGAUACCCACAGGGUCCCUCUGCAAACCCUGGGCCUGGCUUGCCACUGGUUCCCAGCCUGGAAUUCUCAGGGCCCAGUGGGAGCCUCCAUAGCUUUCUUUCAAAGUCUAGGACUGAUAAGGAAGCUCUAUGGCUUUUCAUUUCUCCCGUGGUACCCAAGCAUCUUAAACAUCAGUCACACCCCGGCCCUUCCACCUACUCUUCCGGAGACACUUGGAUAGCAUCUGUCUGGCCAAAACAUGAAUUUCAUCCUUUGUUUUCAUACAGUUUUAAGUGAGCCAGGGCUACAGAAAAUGAGGCUGCCCAAUAGCAAGGCAAUGUUAUAAACAAAUGUUGAGGGGUUUAUGUCUUGGCUAAAACAAAGGUUUACUUUGCUGAAAUGUGCAGUCCCUUCACAGCACAGUUGUCUAGGGCUGAGAAAAAUGUACUACUUAAAUGGCUCACAGAAGGAAUAGAAAGCAUUCCCCAAAUGAGCCUCUGAGAGAAGCUCGUUUGCUCAAAAUGCUCCAUGAAACUCCGGUAGUUUAAUUAAGAAUCGACCCACCAAAGCACAGGGGCAAUGAGUAAUGCAAUAAUAGCAUCUACCAAUACUUGUCAUGUGACAGGUUCCUGCCCAGGCCUUGUUCUGUUUCCUUAUGAUACUCUCACAAGAUUGGCACUCCUGGUUUUCUUUAUUAUGAUCUGCUGUAUAUGUAACCUUGGGCUACCUGCUAACCCUGACCUUUGCCAGUGUGCUAUAUCCCCAGUCCCAGAUAACCCAGAGGAACAGAGAGGUCAAGUAACUUGCCAGUCAUACAGGGGUCAACGACACCACAGAAACCAAACUUCAAGUCUCAAAAAGUGUGAGAGCACUCCUUUUGUGCUCACCUUGAGGCAUGAGAGGGACAAGCCAGAGGUGGCCACUGCAGCACACGAGAAGGGACAGCUAUCUCGGGCAACUUGCACAAGAGUAAGCAUCCCUUUUCUGAUGCUGUCUGUGGGGCUACACAAGUCACAAAAGCUGGUAGGGUACAAAGAACAGAGAAGGUGAAGGGUCACCGGUACAAAGAGCAUUUGUUCUCCUGGUCACAUUCAAUCCAUGAUUCCAGGAACCUUUCGUUCAGAUCGUAAGCUUUCAACACUAAAAUGGGACAGGAUACAUUUCAGGAUUGAAAAUAUCACUCUAUCCAUUUACCACCUUUGUUAAAAGGGGGUGGGACAGUGCUUCUCUAAGACAGUUUCUUUGAAAAUUAAUUAAUGUAUUCAGCAUGUUUAGGACCAUGCCUGGUACCCUGCGCAUGUUUAAGAACUUUUACUGGGUAUGGUGAUAGCCAAGGCAGGUUGUUGAGUAAUGCUUUGGUAGGGCAAAGCUUAGACUGGUCCAAAUAGAUAACAAGCACACUCGUCAAAAGACUGAGUUUGAAGAUGUUAAGAUUUCUAGAUCAGGAGCAGGUCCGGGGGAGUCGGGGGAGAGCAGGCAGGAGAAAAGACUUUGCAGGCUCCAUCUUCCAAAGGGCAGAGAAGUCAGCUGACUUGAAGAAAGGAAUGUCCUUGCUGGGCCCAUCCUAGAGACUGUAAAAUUGCACAACAGAUUAAAAAGAUUUUUGGAGACACAUCAGUAAGAGGAGGUUGAAGGAAGAAGAUUGAGGGCUGCAGGAACCCCUGCAGAAUCACUUAACAUUUGGCUCUGAGCCCAGGCUUUAAUGCAUCAGUCUACAGGAAGGAUCUUUCUGUUUAAGAUGAGCACAGGUCUUCAGGACACUCUGGACCAGGGUGUGCCAUUAAAAUUCAGACAGAACUGGGGCCAGCAGAGCACAGCACUGCCCAGGGAGCCUCUGCUUUUCCUCUCCGUGUGCAUCUGCUCUCUGAAGGCACUUAAAAGAAUGCCUGACCUCCGGUUGGAUGCUGAUCUCGUGGUGGGGAGGAGGUUGGAGGGUGAACAAACCAGACUGCAGAGGAUAAAAGGUCUCAUAUGGAGGGAGAAAUAAAGGAUGUCGGAGAGGGAUGACCCUCAUGGGGAGGGAGUGCAUCCGUCUCUCUUUGUCUCUGUGGAGCCAUAUAAGGUCUGAGCUGCCGGGUGAGGCACCUGGAUGAGAUGAGUCUCACUUCUUGCCAGCUGCCCUUGGUCUAGACAACAGUGACCUUCUCUGGAGCCUGGCUGAGCCUGUCAGGGCUGAUUAAGUCACCUUGAGGGUAGAAAGCACAGUGGUACAUACCUUUCAUCCCAGUACUCAGGCAGCAGAGGCAAACAGAUUUCUGUGAGUUCAAGGCCAGCCUGGCAGAUAUAGCAAGUUCCAGGUUAGCCACAGCUAUAGAGAGAGACCCUAUCUUGAAAGAUUGUUUUAAAUGGGGUUGGGAUAGUUCAUCUGUCACACAUCACAGAACAACCCCAGUGGGAUCUAGCACACUCGCCUAAUCAAACAUAAUAGCCAUUCUACAGGCAAUCAGAUGGAAGUUAACAAUGGAGAAACAAGGACUUGGAUAAGGCUGUAGAGCACUUGGCCAAUGAGUUAUGAAAGUACUUCUAGUUUUUUAAGAUUUUGGGUUGGGAACUAGGGACUCAGGGGCUCUCUUUUCCUUUCUUUCUCUAAAUUACUGGGUCCUCUACAGCACUCUCUCCACAGCAUGUGACCAAUAGAAGUUAUUGACACAUGAAAUAUGUCAUCUUGAUGUCCCCCAAGUAUUUGGUUCUGGAAGCCCAGAAACAGUAUGUCUAGUAACUUGUGAGCUCCAUGGGAUUAGAGGACUCCUAGAGAACUGGAGAGGGGGGUGGUAAUGUGGAUCAGUAGUAGAGAACUUGGCUAGCAUGCAGGAGAGACUGAAUUCCAUCCCCAGUGCUAAAAAGAAUGGAGAAGAAAUCUAAUAAAACCACUUAAGCUACCUGUCCUCAUGGACAACAUAAACUUCAAACACACAAAUACACAGAGGGCCCCUGUCUGUGUUUUGUAGCCUGUGGGUUGUGACCUCUUUGGGGUCAAAUGACCCUGUCACAGGGGUUGCAUAUCAGAUAUUCUGUGUAUCAGAUAUUUACAUUAUGAUUUAUAACAGUAGCAAAAUUACAGCUAUGAAGUAGCAAUGAAAAUGCCUUUAUGGUUGGGGGUCAUUACAAAAGAGGAACUGUAUUAAAGGGUGUCGUCAUUGGAAAGGUUGAGAGCCACUGAUCUAAGCAACUGAGAAAACAACACCGUUGCAUGUACAUGAUGAUGGAACAUUCCAGUCUAGCAGAAUGACUCUUUCCAAGCACUGCUAAAGUACCUUUAAAUGUUAAGACUCAAGUUCCUCUCAUUCUACAUCAAUGGCAUAAGGGUGUGCACAGUGACGGUCAAAUUAGCAACAACCAAAUGCUUGCACGUUCUCUACGGUCAGGCUAUGCAGUGUGGAUGCAUCAUAGGCUAAGACUCACAGUGACUCAGCACAGCAGCUGUGGUUAUGGGGGAAAUAAGCAUCUGCAAGAAAGGAUAAUUGCUAAUGAAUGUUCAUCAAGUUCUGAACUCAAGUCAGAUGGUACGUUGGUAAAUCAGGUAGGGGAUAUAUUGAAAUAGAAUUCAUCACUUCCCACCUUUCCCCCUUUUCUCCCUCCAGCCCCUCCCAGGUACCUUCCCUCAACCCCUUCCUUCUUCCCACCACUCAAGUGGAUAGUCUCUUUUUCUUUAUUAUUGUUACAUAUACAUAACUGUAUAUUUAUGUACAUAUAUAAAUAUAAUUUGUUGGGUCAGGUUUUGUCGUUUGUAUAUACAGCUUAAAGGCUACUCUACAAUGGACAGCCAGUAAGGAGGCUCAUCCCUGGGAGAGGGUAUUUCUCUCCCAGUAGUCAUUAGUUGACUGUAGUUCUUGGUCUAGGGUAGGACCCUCUGCAAUUUCCCGCCUUCCACAUUAACACACCCAUUGAUACUGCCAUUGAUCCAGUCUUGUUUAUGCAGCCAUCUCUACUGUAUAAAUACUCUCUAGAGCUUAUUUCAAGCUAUUAAUGAUGGUUUAAUAGAAGGUAGUAUGGUUUCUGCCUGGGCUACGAUCUUUCAGGAACUUGAAGGGUUUAACUCCUGAAUACUCUGGUCAAAGUUCAUCUCAAAGUUGAGUACACAGUUUAUUGUCAAUGAUGGAAAAAAAGGAUUUCAGCUCGUGAAAGAGAACUGGCUUGGGACAGCAGGUUGAUAUGCCAACUCAGGCCAGCCAGCCAGCCAGCCAGCCAGCCAGCCAGGUCACACUCAGAUCCAUACAGAGUACCUAGGACACAGCAGGAGAAAUGAAGAGAGCUGGGAACACACUGUCUCCCUGACUGCAGCCAACUUUCCUUCACAGAGGGUGUGCCUGCCUCAGGACCCUGUGUGGCAGAAAGAAGGAGCCCUGAAAUCCUUCUUCCAGGCACCGUCAACACAUUUUUUGGUCAGAUAAAGUGGCUAGACCUCCAGAUAAGGGUUUUGACCCUUGCCCUUCUGGACUUAGUAAUUUUAAUAGUAUUUGUUCUGAAAAAGUAAGGAAAUAAUAAUUCCAAGUGGGAACAAAGUUUGGGGUCUGCUUCUGUGGAAGGGGUUUCCUGUCUAAUAUGAUUGCAAUUAAAAUCAUGUAAGACUCUUGGCUCAGCCUCUCUUUCAAUAGCUGCAGGACAGCACCUGCUAAUUAGGCCUCCUGAGAACAUGUUUCCAUUGGGGCAAACAGGGAAAGAUAUCUGUCAAGUGUUGGAGUCGGUGGCUUCCAUCUCCGAGCUCCAGAGACUAAGGAAGCAGGCAGUCAAGAGCUGGUUAAACUGUAUUUACCUACUCAAUCUACAAAUAUUUGUCAAGGGCCCGUUAGGUGCCAGGCAUCUUGCCAGCCUCUAGAAUGCCACGGUAAGCAAGACAGACCAGUUUGUGCCUCUGUGGAGUUGGCAGCCUAAUCACGAAGGGAAAUAUUAAUUGAAUAAUCACGAGCAUGAAGGAGUAAUUGAAAAUGGAUGCAGGAUUUCCAAAGGUAUGGGAGAUGGUCCUGUGAGGACAGGAGGAGCCCUGCUAAGUUCUGAGAAGUCAGGAAAGGCUUUCUGAAAGAACUGGUGGUUGAACUAUGAUCUGAAGACAAACGAGCAGUUAACCAGUGCUGAGCCUACCACCGCUGCUUGCUGCCGAGCCAUGGCUGAAGGGGAGAUCACAACCUUCGCAGCCCUGACCGAGAGGUUCAACCUGCCUCUAGGAAACUACAAAAAGCCCAAACUGCUCUACUGCAGCAACGGGGGCCACUUCUUGAGGAUCCUUCCUGAUGGCACCGUGGAUGGGACAAGGGACAGGAGCGACCAGCACAUUCAGCUGCAGCUCAGUGCGGAAAGUGCGGGCGAAGUGUAUAUAAAGGGUACGGAGACCGGCCAGUACUUGGCCAUGGACACCGAAGGGCUUUUAUACGGCUCGCAGACACCAAAUGAGGAAUGUCUGUUCCUGGAAAGGCUGGAAGAAAACCAUUAUAACACUUACACCUCCAAGAAGCAUGCGGAGAAGAACUGGUUUGUGGGCCUCAAGAAGAACGGGAGCUGUAAGCGCGGUCCUCGGACUCACUAUGGCCAGAAAGCCAUCUUGUUUCUGCCCCUCCCGGUGUCUUCUGACUAGAGGAGUCUGUUCUGAGUGUUCUCUAUUUUGGUUGACCCUACCAUGUUCCCUUGACCAUUGGCUGCGCUAACCCUCAGGCCACAGAGCCUGAAUUUGUAAGCAGUGCUUCUAAAAUAGCCAGUUCACUUUUCUGCUGAGCCCUUCCCCACCACCCCAGCACAAUUUGGAACACAGGGACCAAAUUGCUUCAAGAGGACAACUGGCUGGCCAGUCUAGGUCUGGGUUUGGAUAUCCGGAUGCCUCAGGGCACCUGCUACAAGCUGGACCUGGUGAUGCAAAGUUGGGGGCCAUACGAAGCAUUCAAAGGGGUCUAAGAAGUGGGUUCUUAGAAAGAUACCCACUGCAUGCUCUUUCCCCUUCUGAGCAAUCCCUGGUUUUAAGCACCCCAGGCAAUUAGCAUGACUACCCUUCCCCCUACCAGAACCGCACAAAUAUCAGUAAAGCAACCGGUAGUGAGGCUGAAGGAAUUUCAUGGUAGAGAGAACCCCCCCCCCCCAGCCCCCACAUAUGGACAAGACUUAAAACCAAAAGGGAGUGUGGCGUUUCCGGGACAGCCUAGAAGCAUGGGAUCUCGGAACAGAGUAAGAAGGCAAGAGUCAGCCACAGGGAGUCAGGAUGAGCCCACAGCCCAGCAGUUAUCACCAAGUUACCAAGGAAACGUCCACAGUCAGGGAAAGAGCCCCGGAAAUGGUUUCUUAGUAAUGGCAAGCACAGAGAUCUGGGGUCUGAAGAGUGGGCGUAGGAGCAAGGAGACAGGAUGUCUUCAGCCGUGGAUGUUAGCCUCUAAAAAGGAAGAUGUUAGACGGGAGGAGGAGGAGAGAAAAAGUAAUAUCACGUCACUGUGUGCUUGGCCACCACGAAACUGGGGUUGUGGGGGUCCCAGUACGAUGGCCCCAAAUAGCCCAUACAUUCAGAUCAUCUGUAUUCAGAUUCAUUUGUAUGACUGUGAAACCUGAUUUGGUGGGGCUGGUGUGGGGGAGGUCUGUGUCUUGAAAGGCCCGCAAGUCCCAUAGAUGCUGCUGGCUUCCCCACCAUGCUUUCAAGAGCAGCCCCAGAGAAUGCUGUUCAAAUGAAGGUUGCUCAGACUUCACCCUCUUUUACCUCCAGUGCCCGGGUUUUCCUGAGUAUCCAUCCAGGCAGUGUCCAUAGUUAGUGAAGCAUGGUUUCAAGGCACCUUGGCCCAGUGCCUAUAAAAUGCCCACUCAGAAAUCACUGAAACCGUACUUCAAAAAAAAAUGUUGAACCUCACCAAAAGCUUUCUCCCAAGAGACCAUUUCUGUUACCAUUAAUUCUUCAAACUGGCUUCCUCCUUAAAGUAAACCUGGCCCAAGUGCCCAGCAAAUUAGAAACACUAUUCAUCUCUGACAUAGGACACAAACGCCAUGAGAAGGCCUUUCAUACGCCAAUUUAAUAUACUGUGAGACUUAUCUUCUCGUUGCUUCUUAUAUAGCUUGAAGGCAUUAAAUAGAUUCACAAUCAGCCACAGAGGAUAAUAACAGCCUAGAAUGUAAAAGCUACUUAGUUAUCUAACAUGCUACAUUCAUUCAUGAGGCCUUUCCUCUUUGUCUUCCACUGUGCUUUAAGAAUGGGUAUCUAGGGGCUGGUGAGAUGGGACAGGAGUUCAGUUCCUAGCAUUCACAGUGUGAUGCUCAGACCCAAUUCUAACUCCAACUCCAGGGGUACUGCAUACACAUGUACAAACCCACACUUUUUCAGAAAUAUAAACCAAUAAUAUGGUUGUGGAUUAAAACUGAUGACUGUGUUCAUUUGUUUGACAGGGAUCUAAAGUCAUUAUUUGCUGGAAAAAAAUCCUUAUAGCAACACUGUCAUAUCUUAGCACAGAAGUCAGAUGACACUCUUGAGAGUUCAGAGUGCUAAUGGGGGAACUAAACCGAGCUAUUUCAAUACAUGAUUAAUAAUAAUGUUCUUUCAGAUGUGGGGAUGAACACCUUUAAUCCCAGCACUCAGGAGGCAGAGGCAGGUAGAUCUAUGUAAGACUGAGGCUAACCUGGUCUCCACAGUGAGUUCCUGGGCAGCCAGGGGUAUAUAGAAAGGCCCCGUAUCUUUUUUUUUUUUAAUCAUAAUAAUGUUUUGCUUUUUUACAAAAAGAUGAUUCAUGGCUUUUUAAAGUCUAUAACUUAAAUAUGUUUCUGUUUUGUUUCAGUAAAUCGUAGGCACACUGGAGAUAAUACAGUAUGGUUUCCCAUGUCUUUAUAUAAAGAUUUGGCCCAGAAAAGUGUACAGAGAUGAAAUCUAGGAUAUUUAGAAUAGUGGGUAGUUUUUUAUCAAAUGAACCCAAACACAAGUAUAACCCUGAUCAAGACAAAUUAAAAACCACUGCACAAGGAUGAAAUGAAGUCUGAGACCCCAGAGACUCAAAGCACUGAUGAUGGUCAUUGUAGCCUUAACCGUCAACCUAGUCACCAUCCGGGUAUUUGCUCAACAUAUACUGCAGACCCAAUGUGUGUCAGGCACUGGAUAUGGCCCCUGGGGACAAUGUCUGUCAGCUGUCCUCUCUCUGGGCAUAUAUUUGUCAAGAGAGAUGCUAUGGAUUCAUUUCCUUCAGUCACGUCAAAACAUGGACUUCAUAGUUUCCUACUGAAUCAACAGUAUGUUCUAGAAACCCUCAACGGUCAGUCACACCACCCCACCCCCAACAAAGUGACAGAGACAGGCUUUGCCAAGUAAACCCAGGGCUUUCAAUGUUAGUCCUCUCAGAGGAGUGGAGUAGUUUCAAAUCAGGAAGGAAAAAACAAACAAAAAAGCUGUCGGAUCUUGCAGAAAGGGAGCAGAGAGACUGUCCCUGUGCUGGUGGGAGCACUGAUCAUAGGAACAUUCGGUUGUGUACGAAGUCCCAAGACCAUCUGCUUGUCACAUGCCUCCUGUAUGCACUCAAUUCCAAGCUGACUGCAACCUGGUGUCUAACACUCACUACGAACUGUGAGGAGCAUAUGGGCUUUUGACAAUUAGUGACACAGUAGAUAUGGAGCUGGGUGUAUCCCCUGAUGGCCAGCAGUGUGCCCCUACAGAAAUCCUAACUGGUACAUCAGCUGCCAUUGAAGACGAGGCCCCUGCUUUGUGUUGAAGGCAGUGGAGCCCGAGUCCUCAGCUCUGCAGAGAACACCGCCUAAAAGCAAUCACGGUCGCUGGCUGCAAAGCAGGCUCUGAUGGAGACGACGCCUGACAUUCACUCUGCACCCAUACUGUAUUACACUCUGCACCUUAUCAAUAUUAAUAAAUGUUGUAUUAAUGGCU